GGAGAAGAAAGCGGAUAAAAGUUUGGAGUGUGUGAAAGUGCAGGCUGUGGAUGCGGAUGUGUGUGGAAUUACAAGUUAUUUUACUCCUUAAACAUGCAGAACCGCCGACAGAAGAAGUUUUAAUAGUGACUUUGGACUCAGGGAGAGAGAAAAGGUCUGCUAGACUCGGAUUAAAGAAAGAUUUUUGCAUAAAAGCUUUAAGGAGGUUAUGUAAAGGAAAUAACAGUGCACGAGGAGAUGAGAAGAGAAGAGGAGAUGUGAUGGUGUUCCAGACUUGAAGGUUCUGACCAGAACAUCCGGGAACUUUGGAUGUUUAGGAGCAUAAACCUUUAACAAAGUUGUGUUGUAAAGACAUUACAGUGGAAUAAAGUUGAGAAAAGUGCUGAUUUGGAGUGAGGAUGAGCUCUGGGUGGGAGGAAGGAGAGCUGGACUUCAAACUGAUCUUCGAGGAGGAGCAACAGCACCAGGACAGCACGGUCUUAGACAGCCAACUGACUUCCACACUCAGCCAGUCAAUGGGAAUCCUUCCUUCCCCUCCACCAUCUAAUCACAGGGCUGGCAUGCAUUCCCCGCCCCCCAGACGUGCACUGGUGAGAGAGUUCAGCGGGACAUACGAGAGUCUCCCGGCACGGUCUGUCCAGGUCUCAGAGUCUCGUGUUUUGGAGUGUCCCAGUAUUCAGAUCACCACCAUCUCCCCUGAUGAUGAUUUUACCCCAGAAGGGGGAACUUACUGGGACAGAGACCGUCUCUACCUGCCCCUCCUCGACCCCUACUGUUACAGGGACAGCAGUAUGGGGGCUGGGUCUCUGAGCCCGAGUCCUGCCUCCAGCCCGUCUUCUCGUGGUUGGCUAAGCCCUGCGUCGAGCUGCGAUUCUCUCCUGGUGGAAGAUGAGGAGCUAAGUGAAGCCACCACCCACUUCUGCCUGUCGCCAUCAUCCCGACCCACCUCACCUGGGGGUAAAAAACGGAGAAACUCCCCCCUUCCCUCGCCAAGCCACUCCCGCAGGGGCAGUUACUCUGAAGACCAUGUCCAGUUCUUGGACACAGGAGACUCCGCCCCCCAAUCUCAGGGCCAGAUUGAGCUCAGUAUCCCUCAGAAGACCAGGAAGACCUCACUGGAGCAGGUCUCCUCCCGAGAUGUGGAACUGGAGCAGAUUGCUGCCCCAAAUACCCCCUGCCCCCCCUCAGACAUGGGGCAACUCAGGAGGGAGCCUACCACACUGGGGAUGGACUACCUCUCUGUACCCAACACCCUCGGCUGGGGAAGAACCCGUGCCAGCGCCCACAGCCCCAUCUUCAGGUCUAACGCAUUGCCGCCGCUCGAUUGGCCAUUGCCGUGUCAGUUUGAUCAGUACGAGUUGCGGAUCGAGGUUCAGCCGCGUCCUCAUCAUCGCGCUCAUUACGAAACAGAAGGAAGUCGAGGAGCCGUGAAGGCGUCGCCAGGAGGACAUCCUGUAGUGAAGCUGGUGGGAUAUGCGGAGCGUCAGCCGCUGUCCUUACAGGUUUUUGUAGGAACCGCAGAUGACAGAUCAAUUCGCCCACAUCCGUUUUAUCAAAUACACAGGGUGACGGGGAAGAUGGUCGGCACAGCGAGUCAGGAGAGCAUGCAGACUGGAACCAAACUACUGGAGAUCCCAUUAAACCCCGAGACCAACAUGACAGCACUUAUCGACUGUGCGGGGAUCCUGAAGUUGAGGAAUUCAGAUAUCGAGCUGAGGAAAGGGGAGACGGACGUUGGGAGGAAGAAUACUCGCGUGCGAUUGGUCUUCAGAACUCACCUGCCUUUAGCUCCGCCCCUUGGUCCACCUGGACGAGUGUUAGCGUUGCAGGUGGCCUCUCAACCAAUCGAGUGCUCUCAGCGUUCAGCUCAGGAGUUACCCAUCAUUGAGUCCAUCAGUGUCACUUCCUGUUUGGUGGAGGGAGGGGCGGAGCUUCUGGUGAAUGGCAGCAACUUUCUGCCCACAUCCAGAGUGUUGUUCAUGGAGAGAGGGUCAGAUGGUAAACUGCAGUGGGAAGAGGAGGCUCAUGUGGACCGUGACAAAAGCUCUGAGAAUGUGUUGUGUGUACGCGUGCCAGCCUACAGCGAUGUGUGUGUGAGUCAGCCGGUGUGUGUAUGCCUGUAUGUGUCCAAUGGCAAGCGCAAACGGAGCAGCACACACUGCUUUAAAUACCUGCCCAUGCUGUGUAAAGAGGAAGACCCUCUGUUGUCUCGUCCGUCUCUCUUGCUGUUGGAUGGAGUGAUGCCGUUGUGCCCGCCCCCCCACCCUCCUGAGUACCCUUACACCACCCCGGGGGGGUAUCACGAUGAGUUCUGCCCCCCGCCUGAGACAUCGGAGGACAGGGGGCCAAUAAACGAGUGUGAUCCCUCGUUCCAGAGUCUCGAGCUGGGUUUCAGUGAGCUGUACCCGCUUUACCCGCCCCAGCCAUGGCCCGACUCUCCGUACCUGUCCUCCUCCCCAUCCCCGUCUCACUCCUCCUCCAUCAGCCCGUUUCCCAGCAGCCCUGUCUCCACCUCCCCCCUCCCCCCUCCUCUCCUACCUCACGGCCCCCCUGCCUACCACCAGGAGAGUCACAUGACCUUCAGUGGUGCCCCACCCAUGCAGCACAUCACGCUGGACGAAGUGAAUGAGUUUAUUGGUGAGGACAUCAGGACGUUUCACACAGACAGCAGACCUGCGUAACAUCGACACGUCGCUCUGGUUUACACAGCACGUUUCCCACAAUGCACCAGUGUGAGAGUGAUGACAUCACCGUAACAGCCCGUGACAGACACACACACUUGUGUGUAACUCAUCCAGCUUUAUGAUGUACUACACAAACAGCUGAUAUUUACAUACAGAACACUUCAUUUGCAUAUAAUUAGCAUACACUUUGCACACACGUGCUGUAAUACUGAUACGAUCGUGUUUAUUUUGAAAGCAGAAUAUAUUGAAAAACACACAGUCACAAUCACAACAUAUCACAAUGUACAUGCAAUUCUUCCUUCAUUAUUGUCUUUAAAUUUGUAUUUUAAGUCAUUUGGCUAACAUGUGAAAUUAUAUGUCAGAAUAUACAAAAUUCAUCUGACUGUGAAGCUAAAAUCAUACAGAUAGAGAUAACUGAGCAUUUAGCUAAUAGCGUUAGCAGUAACUUCUGACCAAUUAGAUGACUAGAAUUUAAUCACAUGACUAUUUUCAGUUUUUGUAAAAUGGCUGCCAUCCAAAAUCCCUGAACUGAGUAAAAUAAUGUUGGUGUUAUUGUUGUUUUAUUUUGAAUUAUUUGUUAGUGACUAUAAAAUUAGCACUAGUUACCACAUGUUUCUUACUAAGGUAUUAGCACCAGUGCAUUAGCAAUACAUGCUGCAUUAUAUCAAGUGUCAGUAUCAGUUAGCAUCCUCUAGCUCAGUCACACUGUGUAAAAAUCAUGAUAAGUCAGAAUAUACAUGUAAUUCUUCACCUGGUUUUUAUCUGGAGUUGUGUUUAAACACUUGAUGGUGAAAAGUGAACACAAUUCUGCACUGAUCCAUAAGCAGCAGCGCUACAUGCUACUUCAUAACAAAUACCAUAACACACAGAUUCAGUCAAUUUGCUAAUGUGAGAGAGCAUCGAUGUUCAGAGAGAUAAAUGUGCUAACAUAUUCAUAAUAAACCUAACUAAGCUGUAAUUGUAAAAAAAAAAAAAAAAAAAAAUUCAUUUUAAAUGCAUACAAAUUAAACAAGCUCUAAAACUAGCAACUUGGAUUGUGACAUUUUCUUUUAAAAUUGCUCUGAUGCACAGAAAUCUUUGGUAUAAUACGAUUGCUGAAAACGAGGUGAAACCACAUAACUCUGAAAAAUGAACACUGAUAAAUGAAGCUUUACCACACAGUGUGUUUGAGGUCACAGAAA